CACCACCACUUAGUAAUUUCCAACGAUCUCUAUCUACAAACAUUCAUAAACUCUUACUCUCUCCAAAAAUGAAGCUCUCUCUGCGUUUUCUCUCAGUCCUUCUCCUGAUCGCUUUCAUGGUUCUUGCUACCACUGCAGAGGUGAGUCCGUUGGAUAAUAAAAUAUGCAAGACAAGGAGUGAUCGUUUCUCAGGAGUGUGCAUAAGCACAAACAAUUGUGCCAUCAUCUGCCAACAAUUCGAGCACUUUGAUGGCGGUCACUGCGAAUUCGAUGGAGCCUUCCGUCGUUGUAUGUGCACCAAACAAUGUUGAUUCAAUACUCUCUAUUUGAUCAUUGUUUCUAUAUAAUAAUAAGGGACACACUUUGUUAAUUUGUGUCCUCUCUCCAUAUAUACUAUAUACUAUCUCAUUAUUUAAGAAAUUUAAUGGAUUUUUAAUAAUA